AAAAUGUCUAGUGACGAGGCGGAAGAAGGAAACAAUUUGGAAUACACUCCGACAUGGGCUGUGGCUGCCGUAUGCACUGUCAUCGUUGGCAUUUCCUUCUCCGCUGAGCGCCUACUUCACUUCGCUGGAAAUAGGCUGAAGAAGAAGAAGCAGAUGGCCCUUUAUGAAGCCUUGGAGAAAAUUAAAGAAGAGUUGAUGUUGUUAGGGUUCAUUUCAGUGCUUCUUACUGUCUUUCAAGGCAGUAUCACCAAGAUCUGUGUUGGACAGAAUCUCAUGCAUCACUUUCUUCCAUGCAAACUCCCAACACUAGAUGAUUAUGAUGAUGAUGAUCAGUUCUCUUCUUCAUCUUCACUUGAUGAUCGUUUUCGUCAUUUUCUAGCUAAACUUAAAGUCUCUGGGACUGGCUAUUGUGCCUCCAAGGUCAGCAGCCUAACUUGCUGCUUGCUGCAGAAUAAGGUUCCAUUGUUGUCUGUCGAAUCGAUUCAUCAUCUACAUGUCUUCAUCUUUGUGAUCGCCGUGGUCCAUGUAUCAUGUUGUGUUCUCACUAUUAUAUUUGGAGGGGCCAAGGUUUGUGCUGCAUCUAUACAGCAAUGGAAACAUUGGGAGGACUCCGUUUCUAUUGCAAACAAUAACCAAGAUCAUCCGCAAGAGGAGCCAACACUGACUCAUGUGCGUGAACACGAAUUCAUCAAGAGUCGGUUUCUGAAUGACAAAUGUUCUGUAGUCUUGGGUUGGAUGCACUCAUUAACCAAGCAAUUCUAUGGAUCUGUAACAAAAUCAGAUUAUUUAACACUAAGACGUGGCUUCAUUAUGACUCAUUGCAGAGGCAAUCCAAAGUUCAAUUUCCACAGGUACAUGUUACGAGCUUUGGAAGAUGACUUCGUACAAGUCGUGGGUAUAAGUUGGUAUCUCUGGAUAUUUGUGGUCAUCUUCUUGCUGCUGAAUGUUAAUGGGUGGCACACUUACUUCUGGUUAGCAUUCAUUCCAUUCAUUCUACUGCUUGCAGUUGGGUUUAAGCUUGAGCACGUGAUGACUCAGCUAGCUAGGGAAGUGGCAGAUAAACAUGUGGCUGUAGAAGGUGAGCUAGUUGUGCAGCCAUCGGAUGAUCACUUUUGGUUUAAUAGUCCACACAUUAUAGUGUACUUGAUUCACUUCAUACUGUUCCAAAAUGCUUUCGAGAUUGCAUUCUUCUUCUGGAUAUUGGUCCAGUUUGGGUUUGACUCUUGCAUCAUGGGUCACGUUCGUUACAUGGUUCCGAGGAUUUCUCUAGGGGUAAUUAUACAGGUCCUGUGCAGUUACAGCACCCUUCCACUCUAUGCAAUUGUGACGCAGAUGGGAAGCUCGUUCAAGAAGGCCAUAUUUGAGAAGCAUGUACAGGUGGGGCUUGUUGGAUGGGCUCGGGAUGUGAAGAAAAGGCAGCAACAACAGAUGAAGGAAGUAGUAGUAGCAGAACAAGUCACAACUAAUGACCCUUCAACUGCUGAUGAUGAUGUAAUAAUUGAGAUGGCUGAUGUGCAAACCAUGAAGGAGGAAUUCAUAAAAAAGAUAAAAAGGAGAGUAGAAUAG